AUGGGCUCUAAUAAUACGAUUCGAGUGAAGAUAUCUCGCAAACCAGAUCCCAAAACACAUCCCAAAACUAAGCCUCAAACCAUCAAAGGGUCUAAAAGUGAUGACAAGGAGUCCGAAAGGAAAUCAGAAGCUCUGGACAAAUGGUCCCAAAGGAUCGCUAGGAUUCAGUUGAAAAUGAAUUUGCCGGCUGAAUGCGGCCCUAAGGCUGACGACAUGUUAAGGAAGUAUUUAAAGAAUAUGAAAAUGACGGGCCGUCCCAUCAAAGCCAUAGCCAUAGCUUGUGUGUACAUCGCGGCCAAACAGGUGGAAAUGCCGCACACUCUCAAGGAAAUGGCUUUUAUUAACAAAGUGUCGGUCAAACAGAUCGGGAGAUACGCUCAGAAAGUGGCGGAAGCUCUGCGCAUAGACGCGGACCCCAUCACUCCGGAUCAACUCAUAUCCCGAUUCUGUUAUAGACUCGGUUUGGAGAGAGCGGUCGAGCGACAGGCCUUUCACAUCGCAAACGCCUCCUAUAAGCUGCAUGUGUCGAGUGGUCCGUCUGUGGUGGCGGCCGCAGCCAUAUAUAUGGCCAGUCAGGACAGCAAUGAUCGCAGCCAAUGGAGGUCUGUCGAGGAUGUCAAAGGAGUCGCAUGUAUUUCCACGGCUACCAUUCGUAAUACCUGUGCUCUCUUUAAAAACAUUCGUAAGUCAGUUUUGUUUAUUUUAUACAGUAUUCAUAAGCCAUUUGUGUACAUCGCGGCCAAACAGGUGGAAAUGCCGCACACUCUCAAGGAAAUGGCUUUUAUUAACAAAGUGUCGGUCAAACAGAUCGGGAGAUACGCUCAGAAAGUGGCGGAAGCUCUGCGCAUAGACGCGGACCCCAUAACUCCGGAUCAACUCAUAUCCCGAUUCUGUUAUAGACUCGGUUUGGAGAGAGCGGUCGAGCGACAGGCCUUUCACAUCGCCAACGCCUCCUAUAAGCUGCAUGUGUCCAGUGGUCCCUCUGUGGUGGCGGCCGCAGCCAUAUAUAUGGCCAGUCAGGACAGCAAUGAUCGCAGCCAAUGGAGGUCUGUCGAGGAUGUCAAAGGAGUUGCAUGUAUUUCCACGGCUACCAUUCGUAAUACCUGUGCUCUCUUUAAAAACAUUCGUUAG